AUAAAAACUUGCACAAGCUGACAAAUUAAGAGUUUAGUCAUCCAUCCCCUAAUAAAGGGCGUCAGGAUAAAGCAAAGGGACACUGAUUCUGUUUUUUGUUGGUAUACAGCUGCACGCAAAUGCCACAGCUGUUUAGUUUAAAGUCACGUUAACCAAUCAGUGUGUGUCCUGUGCUAUCACACAUACACCAAGUGGUGAAACAUCAAAGCUAAGAGAAAUGCCUUGCAACAUAUUUAACUGCAACACCGUCUGUGCCAUCUCAGGGCAAUCCGCAGGGAUAUACCACCACAAGCAGCAGCAGCAGCAGCAGAGGCAAAAGACAGAUCAAAUUCAGGAGCAUUAAAUUCAACCUGAAACAUGCUAUGCACUUGUUGAUCGUCCACCCCACAUGUCAAACCUCUGCGCCUCCUCCUCCUCCUCAUGCAGGUUUUACAUACGAAGGAUCAUUAUUUUUCUUGGAGGAAUUUAUUAGCCGCCUGAGAAACAAGACGAUUGACAGACGGGAAAACACACUGCAACAGCUCAGGUGAUGGCUGAACCCAGAAUAUCAUCCAUUGAUGGGAAGUUAGCUGAAGAAUUUGCUGUUCCCUCUCAUGUCGAGGAGGUCAAAGCGAAGAUGGCUGCUUUUGCCGGGCAUCAUGCGUCAGCAGGCCGCCAGGUGGUUCUCAUUACAUCAGGAGGCACCAAAGUUCCCCUAGAGUCCCGCACUGUUCGCUUUCUCGACAACUUCAGCAGCGGCAGACGAGGAGCCUCCUCAGCAGAGUAUUUCAUAGAGUCGGGCUACGCUGUCAUCUUCCUACACAGGCAUCGCUCCCUCUACCCCUACACACGGAUGUUCUCAACCAUGAACAUGCUGGACGCCCUGAAAUUCAAAAGUGGAGAAGGAGCAUCCAGUAACUGUGAAGUGGUGGUUAACCAGCAGGUGCUUCCGAACAUUGCUAAAGUGUUAAAGCGAUACCAGGAAGUGAAAGAAAGCAGACUUCUUCUGCCAAUUGAGUUCAACACCCUGUCAGAGUAUCUGCAUCUACUCAAAGCAGCAGCACAGGCACUCAGCACAAUAGGAUCAAAGGCCAUGUUUUACUUGGCUGCAGCAGUGUCUGAUUUCUAUAUCCCAGCAUCUGAGAUGCCAGAACACAAAAUCCAGUCUUCUAAUGGACCUCUUCAACUCAGCAUGAACAUGGUCCCCAAGAUAUUGUCCCCCUUGGUGAAAGACUGGGCACCUCAGGCGUUUGUCAUAUCUUUUAAGCUGGAGACAGAUGCAACCAUCCUGCUGGACAAGGCUCGACGGGCUCUGGAUACCUACAGGCACCAGGCAGUAGUGGCCAACGUACUGGACUCUAGACGGGGUUACGUGGUGGUGGUGACCCCUGAGACUCAGGAUGAGCUUAUCCUCACAGAGGAGGAUGAGAAGAAUGAGGUGGAGAUAGAGUGCAGAAUAGUGAGCAACCUGACAUCAGCACACAACGUGUUCAUAACUCAACAAGCAGGCUGACAGUGAUUCACUACACUGCAUGGUCGAGUGAAUGGCGCAGCUCUAAGUUAUGUCUGUGCUUUCCUGAUCUUGAGCUCAGCUUAAACUCAUACUCGGCUGUUCUGCUGACAAGUUCCUGCAUAUUCAUUAUGUCAUAUAGUUGCAUAACCUUAGGAAUAAAUAACUAAACACAUCACGUCUUUCCUUAUCCUUUUAAUGUUUUCUAAAAACAAAACUCUAAGCAUAUUAAUGCGGUGUCUGUACAGGCACAAAUACAAGUUAUUGAAAGUUUAUAAAAUGUUUAUUCACAUUGUGCAAUGAUAUAGAAUAAAACAUUUUGAUGUUGCUUCUA